AUGGAGCAUCUAGAUCACGCGUUGCGGGAAAUUUUUUUCCGCUAUUGGCACGUGGUGCAGAUGGGAAAAUCUCUUAAUAUUGUGAGUGAUGUUGAAAGAACAGAUACGGACGAAACACAAACAGCUCUGGAGGUUGAUGACGUGGAACAAGUAGAAGACGAAGCGGGAAAUAUGAAAUGCCAAACACCAAUUAUCACCACCGCAGCUGCUGCAGCAACCGACUCAGUAGCGAAAUUCGACCAGAUUCCCGCCGGCGAUUUGGCCAAUCUGGAAGCGAUUUUGCGGGUGUAUCGGGCGAAACAGCCGGACAGGUUCAGAACUUUAGACGACCAGGUACGGCGGACGGUGACGCGUAACGGCAAAAGCUGGGAUUACUGGUCCGGGAUGCUGGCCUUUGUGCAUCACUGGCGAAAGAUCGCCAAAGUUCCUUGCAGUCAUCUUGCGUCGAGUCAGCAAGCAAAAGCAAAUACGAAAACAGGAACAGCAGUGUUGGCACGAUCUCGAGAUGCGAGCAGUUUUUUGACGGGAAAAAUUAACCUGGUUGAAGAUCCUGGUCGGGGCCGUGCGGAUGAGGGCUCGCCUUCGAUGCGGGAACG